AUGUCGUGGCUAGGCUUAAAGAAGGCCAUCAACCGUGCUGGCACCCAGGUUAUGCUUAAAGCUGGCCAAAUUGAACAAACAGUAGACAAAGAGUUUGAGUUUGAAGAGAAACGAUUUAGGGUGAUGGAAUCCAACCUGAUUGCAUUACAAAAGAAACUACGAUCAUAUUUGGACAGUUUGAAAAUGUUGACCAAGUCACAACUCAAUAUUGCACAAUUGUUAGAUUCAUUCUAUGGGCAGGAAUCACAGGCACCCCAUACUUUUGAAAAUCCCAUGAAUGGAGAAGAAAUGGAGUUGUUUAAAAAUUUAUCAGGUGAAUACUUUCACAUUUUGCAAAAAUUGAAUACCCAAGUCAUUGGUGACUUGGAACAUCCAUACAAUCAAACUGUGCUCAACCCAAUAGCUCGAUUCAAUUCCUAUUAUGUUGAAAUUAAUGAGGCAAUAAAGAAGAGACACCACAAGUUGCUAGACUACGAUGCAAUGAGAAACAAGUUGAAGAAAUUGAUUGAUACACCUCAAACGGAAUACAGCAAUUAUGACGUCAAGUUUCGUGAACUUAGUGAUGAAUUGGUUGAAACGGAGCAGAAAUAUUUUGACAUUAAUCAAAAAUUGAAGGAUGAAUUACCCAAAUUGGUCAAUAUGAGAGUGGCAUUUUUCGACCCAAGUUUUGAAAGCUUUGUCAAGAUUCAAUUGCGGUUUUUCAAUGAAAAUUAUCAAAAUUUGCAACAAUUGCAAACCAAAUUGGAUGCAAAGACCAAGCAGGAUUAUGCUGAGGGUAAAUUGGACGACAAGAUUGAUGAUGUGUUGUCUAGGAUGAAAGCAUUGGACAUAACUGGGAAGGACAAUCAUAUAGCUUAG